AUGUCACUACCCCACUUUGCGCCAUUCCCUGACGCAAAAGUCAGAAAGAGCAUACUGGCUGAAGAACGGCAACUAUAUCUGGAUGCCUGGGACUCAUUAGCCGAGCUAUACCUGCGAGCGCGAGACCAGCAGUUUGCAUCAGCAAUACAGGAGAAGGAUACGCUCACUCCGUUUCUGACGUCGUUUUUCCAUCAACUGGCACAUGAUGACGCGCUGGCACCGAGCGUACCAUCGUUGCGAAAAAAGGCCUUCUUUCUGAUCCACAGAGUCCUUUCACGAGAUGGAGUCCCGGAUGCUCUCCUUGGCUGGUCGGCUCUGUCUGAUAUCUGCCAUGUUUACCCAAAGAGUGAGCAACUCCGUACGCUGUUGCAGGGUUUGUGGAAGCGAAAGGGUGCGACCAUUGAAAAAUCACUUCAAACAGCAAAAACUUCGUUGAUCAGGAACCUCGAGUCAAAGCGGCCAGAGGAGACGGAAAGCACGCUUGAUAGGAUAGGCCCGCUCCUCAAAGCUUCCACGGACACGAGUAUGUAUAUGCUCACGGGAUCUGACUUCCUAGAUGCACUUGUGGCGGCGUAUCCUCGGGUACCCCAAGGAAUGCAGAAGAAGCUAGUCACAGUAGCAUACCUUGGUCUCACAGCAGCAUUAGAAGGCCCAAAGCCCAACUAUUCACUCCUUUCCGACCACUUGUACAGCCUAAAGUCUAGCGAAGAGCAAGAGCAGAAGAAAGAGCCAGGCAAGAAAACUCUAGUAGCAGAUCUGGUCACCAAUACGCCCUUCCUGGAGAAAGUCCGAGACAAAGCUGUGGCUCCCGAAGCCACACGAGUCAAGAAUACGGCAGCGUCACUCAGCGCGUUCCGUCAAGCGAGUGUUGCCCGACCUAAGCAGUUGAUCCGGCGUAAAGUGGACAAGGGCAAAGCAAAAGCAAGUCAGGAUACCUAUGGUCAUGGCGCUUUUACUGGCGAGAUUCACGUUCAUCGUAUGAGCAUCGUCACUCAGAUUCAAGACCUCUUCCCAGAUCUAGGGGCUGGGUUCAUCGUAAAAUGCUUGGAUGAGUACAAUGAUGAUAUCGAGCAAGUCACUGCGCAUCUGCUAGAAGACUCACUGCCAGCGCAUCUUGCUGCGGCAGACCGAAGUGAGAAGUUACCGUCUCCCGCGACAGCAUCACAGCCAGUUCCUCCUCCACGCUCAAGCCAAUACCUUCCCGAGCGGCGCAACGUAUUCGACGACGAUGAUUUCGACAAGCUCGCCGUCGAUACAUCUCGCCUUCAUAUUGGCCGGCGAGGCCAAGACCUAAGUGCUGACAAGAUCCUCUCCGACCGCAGCAAGGCACCCGCCAAGUCCUCCAUCAUGGCCGCCCUGGCUGCUUUCGACUCGGACGACGAUGAGCGCGACGACACCUAUGAUGCAGAAGAUGUCGGCGCAUCAGUAGAUACAGCUGCAGCUGGACUAGGCGAAGAUGCUGAUCUCGGCGAUAAGAACGAAGAGGCUUUGUUCCGCGCAUACAUUAUGACGCCUGAUCUAUUCAGUCGCGAGUCAGAGACACGAAAGGGCAAAGCGCGAACUGCUCUCAAGAGUGAGACGGGCAUGACGGAUGAGGCAAUUGAAGGCUGGGCGAUAAUGAUGGCACGCAAUCCAAAGCAAUUGCGUCGUCUCGAAGCAAAAUACUCCACUUUCCAGGGCCAGCAGCGGGAAUUACCAUCGUCGCGGUGGGAGAGUCCUGCAGUAUCUGGAGAUGAAGUUAGCGGUGACGGAUCGGGUGAGAACCCUAUUGGCAACAGCCUUGACUGCUACACGGGCUGGAGCCACACUACUCUAAUCUCAGCCUACACCAAGUGGACAGGGAACUAG